UUCGAAGUUCAAACCAGUCUCUCUGUCUCUCUGUGAAUCGGUCUCUCAUGGCGACCCAGAAACUCACAGACUACGAGCUUAAGCGGCUCGAGAACAUUCGCCGAAACGAGGAACUGAUGGCCUCUCUGAAGCUCCAAUCCAUGGCCACCCAGCUCUCCGCCUCCACCAAACGCCCAAGGGUUGAGUCCAAAUCGUACAAAUCCAAUUCGGAGAAGCAGCCCAAGACCCGUGACCCGACUGUAAUCCGGCGCUCCCUGCGCACCAGGGGAUUACCGCCCGACGCGAAAGGCCUCGGCAGUAGAGGCAUUGAUUCUGCAAUGAAGAGUGUAGAAUCCCUAGACCCAAAGGCGUCGCCUUGGGAAUUGGGCCCUCUUAGUAGGAAAGAUGUGUACAGCGGGGUGUCGGAUCGGGGUUUGAUCGAGGCGAUUCUGGGUGUUGAGAAGAAACCGCAAUUGGGUUUGGGAGUAAAAAGUGAAAUUGGGGGUGAAAAUGAGGUGGAAUCAUGUCUUGCAUUUACUUUAGUUGGUGGAAUUGGUUGUGGGUUGGUUAAGAAAGAAGAGGGUGGAGUUGUGAGUGAUUUGAAGGUGGAGGAAAUGGUGCUGAAGGAGGAGAAUGUAGCCCGUGUCGUGCCGGGGAAUGUUAUGAACAUGAGGUUUUUUCCAACUAGUAGUGUGAGAAUGGUUGUGGUUGGGAAUAAGACUGGGAAUGUUGGGUUUUGGAAUAUGGAUUCUGAGGAAGGGGAGGAAAUUGAAAAUGGGAUAUAUAUGUAUCGCCCGCAUUCUGGUCCCAUUUCGGGGAUAUCUAUUCACCAAGAUUGUGUUUCAAAGAUUUUCACUAGUUGCUAUGAUGGAUUUAUCCGAUCAAUGGAUGCUGAGAAAGAGGUGUUUGAUCUAGUAUAUGCUAGUGAUGAAACUGUAUAUUCUCUUGCUCAACAAUUAAGCAAUGCAAAGUGUUUAUACUUUGCUGAAGGUCGUGGAGGUAUAAGUAUGUGGGAUGAGAGAACAGGAAAUAUCUCAGCCCAAUGGAGUCCGCAUGAUGAUAGAAUUAAUUCCAUAGACUUUAACUCACAAAACUCAAACGUCAUCACCACUAGUUCAACAGAUGGAACUGCCUGUAUCUGGGAUUUGAGAUGUAAUGAUGCAGAUAAAUUCAAAAGCUUAAAGACAAUUGGCCACAAAAGGGCUGUGCAUUCUGCCUACUUUUCGCCUUCUGGAAGGUCGUUAGUGACAACAAGUCUUGAUAACACAGUUGGUGUAUCAACUGGAGUUAAUUUUGAGGACAUGUCAAUGAUAUACCAUGAUAACAGUACAAGCAGAUGGAUUCCCAAGUUCAAGGCAAUAUGGGGAUGGGAUGAUGCACAUGUCUUCAUUGGAAAUAAGAACAGAGGAGUCGAUGUUAUUUCCUCCCUACAAAGAACAACAUCCUUCACCUUAAAAAGCCCAUAUAUGUCUGCGAUUCCAUGUAGAUUUGCUGCUCACCCUUAUAAUGUUGGGAUGCUAGCAGGAGCUACAGGCGGAGGCCAAGUUUAUGUAUGGACUUUGGGAUAAGAAACUCCGGCAUCUCUCAACAGACUGUACUUUUAUGCAAAGCAAGAUUUGUACCUUUAAGUUGUUCUUUACUGUUGGUUUUCGACUUAUAGCAAGAACUUUAGCUUUCUUGGUGUUCCAUAGAUUCAUAUUUGAAGAGGUUUUCUAUGAAUAG